AUGAGCACAUCCGGGAACAAGGCGGUGCUGAUAGGCGUGAGCGGUGUAUCGUCUUCGGGAAAGACGACGCUCGCCCGGCUACUCAGAGACAUAAUCCCGAACACAUUUAUCCUGCACGAAGACGACUUUUACAAGACAGAUCAAGAAAUACCUGUGAACGAAGAUGGGGUACAAGACUGGGACUGCCUCGGAUCACUUGACUUGGACUUGCUAGAAAAGGCUCUCGACUUCAUCAAGACGCAUGGAUACUUACCGCCAGACCUAGAGUCCAAGGAGGACAAGAACGCGGUGGGUGAGUCUGGAGUGGACAGGCAAAGGGUGGCCGGACUCAGAGAUGCAGCGCACCAAAAGCUGAAGUCGAGUUCCAAUGUGCCGGUCUUCAUCAUCGACGGAUUUCUGCUCUUCUCACAAGAGAUGAAACACAUCCGAGAACUGUUCGACGUCAAACUGUUCCUCCGGGCCAAUCACAAGACAGUCAAGCAGCGACGAGAAGCCAGAACAGGCUAUGUCACUCUGGAAGGGUUCUGGGAGGACCCUCCUGGCUACGUUGACUCUGUGGUUUGGGCAAACUACGCCAAGGACCAUGCAUUCUUGUUCGAGGAUGGAGAUGUGGAGGGACAACUGAGGGACGAGCUCUGUCAAGAGCUGAAGAUCGACACAGCACCUCUGGCAGUACAAACCAACAUGACUGAGUGCGUCACUUGGGCCUAUGAGAAGAUAUCAAAUCACUUGUCAGAGAGGGCAGCGAAUUGA